CUGACAUUAACCGGAAAUACCUCUUUGUCGAUGGGUAAAAAGAUGUCAAGUGUACUAAACGAAAUGAGUGUUGCUGGAAGAAGAGUACGACCGGGAUACAUAUAUUAAGACGUUGGAUAGUGCUGAAGUUGUACUAACCUGGCACAAGGAAGCCCAUUUGUUUCUUAAAGGAGAUGAACAUGUUUACCUACACCAAACGCUUGGUACACUUACGCGUACUGAUUCAGGCUUUGCUCUUCGUCGCCAAGAUGACGGAAAUGAAUAUGUUUUCGACAUUGAGACUUUAAAAUUGAAGCACGUUGCGUCCUUAACUGACGGCAGUUGGCUAAAUUUGGAGUACAAUCAGAGUUUAUUAACGACCAUCCGAUAUUCUGUGGGAUCAUAUGUCGUAGUCAGAUAUAAUAUUCUAAACAAAAUACAGUCAAUGGAAUUGUUAAAUAGUACAGCAAAUGAAAAAGUAGUAUACGAAUAUGACUUUAAAGGGGAACUACUUACAAGCGUACGAACAAAUUCAGAUUCAACUACAUACACAUACAACCCUGACAAUUCAUUAAAUACUAUUUCUUUUGAUGAUGGCACAAGAUUUGAGUUCGACUACAACAAUUUAGGCCACGUAAAAUUUAGACGAUAUUUUAUUUCUGAUAAAGAAGUAGACAGACAAGAAUAUUUGUACACGGAUGGCGGAAUGCUUUCAGUAUAUUCUUGGCCUGCUGCCACAGGUUACAAUUUAACAUAUUCUGAAUCUGGAGAAAUUAUUGCAACUCAUCGCUUAGGUUUCCUUCCUGAAACUGUUGUAACUACAAAAUCCGCGCAGAUAAACUAUGAGGGCGAUCAUAUUGUAACAAAACGUACAUUUGGAGUGAAUUCGAUACUUAUUGAAGAUGGCAAUAGGGAAAACAUAAAAGCUCAUUUUAACAAACUCGGUCAGCUUAUCCAAUUUAAAGAUGGACGAGACAACGUUUACGAAAUAAGUGUGAACUCAAACGGAACUAUUGACACUGUAAAGUUUCCAGAUGGGACAAACAAGACGUAUAUUUACUUUCAAAAUGGACACCAAACCAUUACACAAACAAGUGCCAUUAAUGUGUAUGAAUUCAACGAAAAGAACAGAUUAGUUUUUAAAAAUAUCGGCGAUAAUAUGAUUACAUUGUAUGAAUAUGAUAGUAAUAGUAACCUUGAGAGAGCAAGAAAUAUUCUAGCUGAGAUUGUUAUUAGCUAUUCGGACACAAACGUAGCAAGUGUGGCAUAUCCGGAUAAAACUGUUUACUAUCGAUACAAUGAAAGAAAUCAGAUAAGAGAAAUCUCUACCAAUGACGGAUAUCUAGUCAAGUAUGACUUCAAUGAUUUAGGACAGAUGACUCGAGUUUUAAGGGAAAAUGGUGUAGUUUUAGUAACGGCCGAAUAUUAUGAAAAUGGAAAGCUGAAGAAGAAGACUUUGGGAAACAAUGCUUACACCGUCUACGACUACGAUCCCUCGUCUACAUUGUUAACGUCUCUUAAGAACUUCUUUCCAAAUGGGUCUCUGGUUUCUCAUUUUACAUAUACUUACUCGAUCAGAAAUCGGCGGAUUGCCGUAACGUCACAAGAUGGAACUUGGAAAUUCGAGUACGACAAAGCUGGUCAGGUGACGUCAAUGACAGAUCCACAUGGCAAUGUUACAAGGUACAGUUACGACGCUAGCAAAAACAGACAAUCUGUGUCCAUCAACAACUUCGAGGAACAAAACACAAUAAAUAAAAUGAAUCAGUACGUAAAAUAUGGUAGUACCUCGUAUGACCACGAUAAAAAUGGAAACCUGAUACUGAAGAACGGAUCGUCUGGAAACGAAGUUUUCAAAUAUGAUGAAGAAAACAGACUUGUUGCUUUUCAUUCAAACGGAACAACAUGCUCCUUCAAGUAUGAUGCUUUCGGUCAUUUGCAUUCAAAACAAUGCAAUGGUCGAGCUACCCGUUAUGUCGCAAACAUCCAGGGACUCUAUGGUACAGAUAUUAUUGAACAGAUUGAAUCUAUAAAUGGUGUUGGGUCUACCGUUCGCUUUUACCACGGGGGUGAAAAACUCGGACUGAUUGCUUCUACCUAUGAUAACGGAAAUGUCGACUAUUUUAUGUAUGAUGCAAUUGGGUCCGUUGUGAACGUGCUGUCGGAAAAUGGUGCCCUUGUGAACUCAUACCAAAGGGACCCGUUUGGUAAUGCUAUAGAAUCAGUUGAAAAUGUGCCAUCAAUGUUCACGUUUGUUGGACAGUGGGGUGUGGUUGAUAUAGAAGAGAUUCCCGACGUAUUUUAUAUGAGAACACGAUUCUAUGACUCAAACACGGGUCGAUUUUUGAGCCCUGAAACAUUUGGUUUUAGUGCUCAUAGCACAAACUUGUAUGCAUAUUGUGCAAAUAAUCCAGUAAUUUACAAAGACCCAAAGGGUACACGUCCAUGGUGUUUACGUAUGUUGAGAAUGGCGACCAAAGGAGCGAUAACAAAUUUGUUGGAAUUAGGCUUGAAUACUCCUACCAAUAAACGGACAUUUGGAGGAGCCGCAGUUGAUUGGGCCAUCAGCGGGGUUGUUAAGCCGUUCAAAAAGAUAUUACCAGGCUGGGAGAUGGAUGUUGAAUCAGAUGUCGUGUGCAUAGCGGGAAAAGCCACACAGAGGUGGUUUAAUAAUGAGCCAUAUUCUUGGAGAGACUCCUCAGAAGAAUACGGAAAGAAACAGCUAGAUCGUACUCAGGCUGUAUUGGAGGAGAAAUUUCCCCUUUUUAAACAGUUAAACAUAGUGUGCGGUGCCGUUGAAAAGUAUUUAGGUUACAGUGGAGUGCCAUGCGACUGGAAAGAUCGAAUUAAAGAUUUAUUUUACAAAUUGCUUGACGAUAUUAUCAUUUGGAUACAAUCAAGAGAUCCGAACGAUAUGCUUGGUCCGGAUGGCUACGGACCGGCCCGUUUUAUAUCCAAGGAUUUGACUCUGAAAUACACUAUCAGAUUUGAAAACGACGCAAACGCCACUGCACCAGCACAGCGCGUGUAUGUCGAACACAAAUAUAAUGAGCACUUGGAUGCCAGACACUUUGUUCUCGGAAAGUUUGGCUUUGGCAACUUGACGAAGGAAAUGCCAAUAAGGAGUAAAAUUUAUGAGGAUACCAUAGACCUCACGAAAGAACAGGGUAUUGUAGUCCGAGUGUUUGCUGGGCUUGAUGUAGUCAAAGAAGUUAUUGCUUGGGAGUUCCAGACUAUAGAUCCAAAAACAGGAUUGGCUCCAAUGGAUCCUGGGAUUGGCUUUCUUCCACCCAACAAUGGAACAUCCGGGCAAGGAUUUGUGAGUUUCAGUAUUAAAUCAAGAAUAGAAACCCCCCAUCUGUCAGUGAUUCAUGCAAACUCCUCGAUAUUCUUUGAUCAAAAUGAACCGAUAGACACUCCAGAUUUAUUUAACACGAUCGACGAUCGGUACCCGAUUAUUAAUGGGUCGAUUGUACCAGGUACAGAGUCUCGGGACUCAGUAACAUUGUCUCUCCGGGCUUUAGACUCAGGUUCAGGUGUCCAACGCAUAGAUUUAUUCAAGAGGGAAGGUGAAAGUAUCACUUUAUAUAAAAGUAACAUCACCGAUGCGAUAUUUGUUCUUCAAUUGGAAACAAACCUUCCACAAACCAUUUUACCAGUGGCUGUUGAUUUUGUUGGAAACAGAAUUGAUUUACAAGAUAUUGACCGAGAGUCAGCCAUCACAGUCAAAGUGACCAUAGAGACAACACCCUGUGAAUGUUCUGGUAAUGGUAACUGCUCAGAGGGAACGAAUUUGUGUGAGUGUAUGAAGGGAUUUUAUGGAACCUCUUGUAACAGAACUACACCUCCAGUUGAACCACCAGUGCUUGAGGUUAGAUCAACACCGGGGUAUGCAAGAGAACCAAUAAAACUCUUCAUCUCAGCUCGCAAUAUCUCGGGUGUUUUGGAGGACCUCUCAAUUGUUAUAUCGAACAUUCCUCAGAACACAUUAUUCUCUAAGGGCGCUUCCAAAGGUGAUGGAAACCUUUACAUAGACGCUUCUGAGUUUGGUUACAUCAACAUGACGACCGAUCAGUACGGUGAAAUUGACCUUAAAAUAACUGUAAUGCAGACUUUCAUCGACCAGAAUUUAUCAAGGUCUACUGUUCUUCGUCUCUUUAUUUAUCCAUAUUUUGAAACAGUGUCCGUCCAAUUUGCGGCAUGCCUUGCAGAAGACCAAAACAACUCCGUCAUGUUUAGUUCUAGUGUCUCGUUUGUUGGAAUGUCUAAGAUGGAGAUAAAACAAAAUAUCUGA